GUAGUUGAAGUGUUGUUUUGCAAGGGAGAUUUGUAAAAAAGAAAACAAAUUUGGAUAAAUUAAUAAAUUUUACUGUAUUUAGUGCAAUUAAGACAUAGAUAAGUAUAUUUUUGUUAAAAAUGGCUAAUAGUGAUUGGAGACAAACAAUUCUUGAUCGGUUACGUGAGAGAAAUAAGUGUGAAGGCGGUUUUCAUGAAGUUAUUUUGCAUAAUCAUCGAAUCCUCGAACGUAGUCAUCAAUUAAAAUCUGAGAAUCUGACGUUAUCAGUUGAAAAUGAGAAACUUCGGAGUGGCCUUGGCUUUGGUGACAGUGCGUCGGCAGCUCGUGUUCAAGCGCUUGAAAAGAAAUUACUUGACAAACAGGAAGAAUUGACUGAUAUGCAUAAGCGUAAAGGUGACAACCAGCAAAUGAUAAUUGACUUAAACAUCAAAGUUAGUGAACUUCAAAAACAGCUGGAACUUAAGAACAACAGUUUAACCGACCAAAUUAAGAAUAAUCAUUCAUUAAAAGCCGAAGUUCAAAUGUUGACAAAUUCUAUUCAUGAACUGAAAGAACUUAACACAACACUUCGUGAUGAACAUACAGCACUUCAUCUUUUACAUUGUUCAUUAGAAGAAAAACUUCGUAAGACUCAAACUGAAAACUCUCAACUUGUGGAACGUGUCAUGAAAUUUAAGGCGAAAGAUGCAGAAAAAAUGAACGAAGAGAAUGAAACUUUUCUCAGAUUUGGAUCAUUAUUUUCCAGAAAGAAAAAUGACGCAAUGAAACGAGAGUUGGCCGAAGCCGCUCGAGAAUCAAGUGUCAGACGAUCUUCUAGUCCAGUUUCAAUUAAUGAACGUGACGACAUGUUCCAAGGAACUUUAACAGGAGCUGGAAAUGUUUAUUUCGGUGAUGAAAUUCCUAAUAAAGUUCACAUAAAUUUUGACGCACAUGACGGAGAAGUCAACGCAGUUCGAUGGUCGCCAGUGGAUCGAAUUGUGGCAACAGGUGGUUCCGAUCGAAAAGUUAAACUGUGGGAUGUCGGGAAAGGAAAUUCAUUCGAGUCACGUGGAACACUUGUCGGAAGCAAUCAGGCUGUGAACUCACUCGAUUUUGACUCAACGGGUACACUUAUUCUUGGGACAUCGAAUGACUUUGCCAGUCGCGUAUGGAGUAUAUCCGAUCAUCGGUUACGGUCAUAA